AUGACACAAUCUGUUCCCGUCGCGACUAACAUUGGUUCUCUGGUUGCGGUUCUGCUUACUCAAUUUGAGCCGUUCGAGAUAUCAGAGAUGGAUGGUGAUAAUAACAGCAGAUAUGACAGGCAAUUAAGGCUCUGGGCAGCCUCUGGCCAGUCACUCCUUGAGGCCUCUCACGUCUGUCUAAUCAAUGCUACAUCACUGGGUUGUGAGGCUUUGAAGAACCUUGUCUUGCCAGAUGACGCCAAGGUUGGAGCUAUGGAUCUUUCAAGCAACUUUUUCCUCACAGAGGCUGAUCUGGACUGCCCGCGUGCUUCUGCCGUUUUAAGAAAUCUACUUGAACUGAACCCAAAUGUGUCUGGUAAUGCAUUGGUUUGUGAUCCUGUUUCGAAGCUGAGUGAUAUUGGCUUUUGGGAGGGAUUCUCUGUGGUGAUUGUAUGUGGAGGCCACUCUUCGACCGUGGAUUCUCUCUCUGAUUUACUAUGGAGUCUAAAAAUCCCGUUCAUCCGUCUGCUGUUAUCGGGGUUCUAUGGAAGUAUUAAAGUCAACGUUCCGGAGAAAGCACUGACAGAUUCACACAUGGAGCUAAAGGGCGACCUUAGAUUGGACCAGCCGUGGCCAAAACUUCUCCAACACGUCAACGCCAUCGCCUUUGAGGAAUUGGAUGAUACAGAGCACGCACAUAUUCCUCCAAUUGUGAUUGUGGUCAAAGCUUUUCAAAAAUGGAAGAAUGAGACCAAAUGUUUUCCAGAAAAUCGCAAAGAGAAAGAGGAACUACGUCUGGCUAUAGGAAGUUUACAAAGAAGUACUAACGAGCAGAACUUUGACGAAGCAGUUGACCUCGCUCGGAAAUUGACAAAUUCAAAGAAAAUCGUGCUGCCUCUGAAGCCCUACCUUACCAUGUUGAAUGAUAUUGACUGGAACUCCAAUAUUUCACCAUUUUGGUUCUAUCUUCUCGCAUUGAAACAGUUCUUGGAUCAAAAUAAUGGGCUACCCCCUCUCUCUGGUGACCUUCCCGACAUGGCUUCGGAUACAAAAAGCUACAUCAUAUUGCAGAGACUUUACAGAGAAAAGGCUGAAGAGGACUUCUUGAAGUUUCACGCCAUUCUGCACGAUUUACUAAGGGAAUUAGAGAAAUCAGUCGAAGAGUUUACAGAUGAAACAUCUCGCUUGUUCUGCAAGAACUCAAGGCAGGUUAUAGUACAACAUGGCACGCAUCACCAGGUCUCGAAAAAACUAGAGAAUGAAAACGAUGACAUUAUGAAAGCAAUUUACCUGUGUCUGCUGGCAACCACAGAAACUAAUCACACACAAAAGGCAUCCUUGGAAGAUAUAGAGCGGUUUGUCAAAAGCAGCUGCGAGCGAUACACAAUUACAUUGAGUGACGAAACUCUUGAAAGCGUGUCAGAAGAAGUAAUUCGAACUUACGGUAGCGAGACUGCAAAUAUUGCAUCUUUCAUGGGCGGCAUCGCUGCUCAAGAAGUAUUGAAACAACUCACCAACCAGUAUGUCCCACUGGAUAAUUGUCUUGUAUUUGAUGGUAUUAGAAGCGUUACCAGCAGCUUCGAAGUAUAA